AGAUCUUGUCACCUUUAAACUGUCAAAGGAGCAGUAAGUGAUUAUAUCUGGCAUCGAAAAAGAACCUGGGGUCUUCUGACCAGUCAACAGGAGCAGAUGUCAAGCCCGGCACUACUAGGGGAAGGGGGGGAAGAGUCAAAGUUGCCUGAUAAAGAAGAGCUGAACAGAAAGAUUAAAGAGCAAAAAAUUGUAGUUGAUGAACUUUCCAACUUGAAGAAGAAUCGUAAAGUUUACAGACAGCAACCGAACAGCAACAUAUUCUUUCUAGCAGACAGAACUCAAACUCUCUCCGAAUGCAGAAUUACUUUAGAUGAACUAAAGAAGGCUCAUCAAGAAAUAGAAAACUCAGAAAAAACCAAGACCAAGAAAUAGUUAAAUCCAAUACAAGUUUACAAUGUG